CAUACCGAAUCCGUCUACCGACACAGAUACACGAUGUGUGGCCAACCCCUGGUGUGUGGAUAGAUUUGAGAAAGCGGUAGCGCGAAUAAAAUGGUGUACAAGGCGGAGAAAAAAUAAAUACACACACACACGGUCGAAUAAAUGAUCGUGGAGGAGCUUUGUGCGUCGCAAAGCGAGGAAAAUUUUCAUCCCCUCUCCCGGAAAAGCUCCGCUGCGCGCGGGUGUAGCUGUGGUUGUGGAGGAAAAAGUCUCCCACAGAUCUCCGUGAGCUGUGCUGUGUUGUGUGUAUCGCCCGUACGCGCGAGGAGGACAUAAGAAUUAUUUCUCCAGUCGAGAACUUCUUCGGAACAAUCCUCGCCAGAUAGUAAAGGUAAGCCUUUCUGGAAAGACGAUUUCUACCAGAGGACGCGGUGGGCGGAUUUUUUGAAAAUUCAAAGUGCAAUAAAAGGUCAGACCGGGAAUAACUCAGGAAAGCAAAAUGUCGGACACAGAGGUUGUUGAACCGAAAAAGGGUCGAGGCCGCCCUGCCAACCCCGAAAAGAAUAGCGUCGCCCCGAAGAAGCGAGCCCGCGCCGCAUCACCAAAAGACAAAGUCGAGGAGAAGGAAAAGGAAAAGGAUAAGGCGCUCGCUUCGGACGAGGAACCCUCGCCAAAGCGCGGCCGAGGCAGGCCCAAGGGAACCUCGAAAAAGGCCGCGAAAGCAAAGAAACCGGAGGCCAAAAAGGGACGCGGAAGAGGCAAAAAGAAACCCGCCAAGGACGAAUCCAGUGAGGAGGAAGAUGAGGAGGACGAGGACGAGGAGGAGAACGACAGCGAAGACAACGAGGAGAAUGAUGAAUCCGACUAAUCCUAACAAAAAUCUAAUCUGUAUUAUUGAGCCACCGUAAUUUGAAGUGCGAAGUUUUUCGUAUUAACAGGAAGUAUCAUUAAACAAACCAACCAAUGAAAAGAAAAAAAAAGUUUUCUUAAUUGCAUCAUAAACUGAACAAAACUAUGGAAGCACAGUGUCAAAAAGGAAGGCGCAUACGUUUGCCCGGGGUUAUUCGAGCAAACUCAGAGCGAGAGAAACGCGUGAGUCCCGUUUUUGACUGGAUUACGCACAUUCCGUACGUCAACACUUUUUCAAUGUAACAUUAUUGUUCAAUGUAACUGAAUCUUUAUUAAGUUCCGUCAUCAUAAUGAAGAGCAAAAACAUACAAAACAAAAUAAUAAUAGAAACACACAUUUUAAUACAUAACUCUUUCGGCAUUAGUAGUGAAAUAAACAAAGGAUAAGUUAAAACAAUCAUA